AUGAAUAAAGAAAUUGCAAAUCCCUAUGAUGUAGAGGAGGAGAAGGAGGAUGAUCACCAUCAUGAUGAAGGUAAUAAUGAUAAUGAGAGAGGGGGUUCAAAGAGUCAUUCAUCCGUUAGUAAUUAUAACACCAAGGGAAAAGAAAAAGUUGGAGAAAAGUCAAACAUUAAAUCCUAUUUUGCUCCAAGAACAAAACCUGGUUCUCAACCAUCCAUAAGGUCUUCUUUGGCCUCAAAGCAAAUGGUUGAGAAUGCAAGAAUGAAUUUUGCAAGAUGGUGGUACCAUGCUAAUAUACCUUUCCAUGCUGCUCACUCUGUGUUUUAUCAAGAAGCUUUAGAUAGUGUAGCAGCUAUUGGGCCUGGUUUUAAGGGACCUUCUUAUCAUGACUUGAGGGGGCCUUUAUUACAAAAACAUGUGGGUGAAAUGAAUGAUUAUCUCUUAGAUGUGAAAAAUGAUUGGAAAGUUUAUGGGUGUUCAAUUAUGUCAGAUGGGUGGACAAAUCAAAAGAGAGCUCCAAUCAUUAAUUUUUUAGUGUAUUAUCCUAGAGGUACCAUGUUUCUUAAAUCCCUUGAUGUGUCAGGCCUAAAAAAGGAUGCAGAUACAUUGCUUAAGUUGUUUGAUAAAGUUGUUCAAGAAGUUGGGUCUGAGCACGUUAUGCAGUUCAUUACAGAUAAUGAUUCUUCUUACAAGUCUGCAGAAAAGAAGCUAAUGCAGAAAUAUGGGACAUUCUAUUGGUCUCCUUGUGCAGCCCAUUGCAUUGAUUUAAUGUUGGAAAAUUUUUCUGAUAAAAGAUAUUUUCCUAUCAUUGAUGAAACCAUUCAAAAGGCUAAAAAGAUUACCAAAUUCAUAUACAACCAUGGCAAGAUUUUAGCUUUGAUGAGAAGCGACUUCACUAAUGGUAGGGAUUUGAUUCGUCCAGCCAUCACAAGGUUUGCAACUAAGUUUUUAAGUCUUCAAUGCUUGACUAAGUUUAAGAAAGAACUUAGGCAAAUGUUUACUUGUGAUCAAUGGGUCGAAUCUCAACAUGCUAGAGAUGUCAUGGGAAAGGAGGUGGCUGCAAUUGUUUUGGAAGAUAGAGAGUUUUGGUUACAGUGUCAAUAA